AUGAAUUAUAAAUAUUUUAUACUAAUCUUAGGGUGUCUGCUAAUAUCAAUUAAUGGAAGCAAAUGUAAAAAAGUAAUUAAUUCUGAUGCUGUCUACAUAUUUGAUGAUUUAUAAACAAAAGAAUAUAAAUAAAUUCUAAACGGUAUUGUUUAUUGAUGAUUUAGAAACAAGUACAUUAUAUUUCCGAUUUUGUCAACCAAUUUUAAAGUGUCCAGAAAUUACAUUUAAUACAUUUGCUGUAAUAAUAAAUAACGAGGGAAAACCAGAUUAACAAUGCAUAUCAUUGAUUAACACAGAUUCAUACUUUGCAGAUUCCUUUGAACUUAUUAAUUAAGAUGAAUCUCAUGAAGGUGUGCAGGCAGAAUUCAAUAAGUAUCAAUAUAUAUCAAAUAAAUAAAGUACACUUAAUGGUUUUUAUGUAAAAUACGUGCUUUAUUGUUAAGAUCAAUAAGAAAGCCUAAAGAUAUUGGACAUAUCUUAUGAUAAAAAUAAAUAAUUUUACACUAUUGAAAUGGAAGCUGAUAAUGGAUGUCCCUUAGUUUUAUUUUCUUAAAUUGUUUAAUUCCUAUAAGACAAUAACAAAUUUCUGUCUGCAAUUCUGAUAAUGAUAGGCUUAACAGAAUGCUUAAUGGGUAAGUAAAUCUUAAAGCCAACCCUUUUUAUAUUUGGAUACUUAAUUGGUUUUUUCUUUGCAUUAUAUAUAUCUAGUGAAAUUGAUUUAGGAGACAAUCCAUUUUUUCUUUGGUUAACGUUGAUAAUCGCUGUGUUAAUUGGAGCAUUUGUAGGAGGAUUAUCUAUGCACUUAGAUAAAAUCGGAAUUGUUACAAUAGGUAUUGGACUAGGAGUAGUCUUGUCUUUAUUGUUGUGGAAUGCUCUAUUGAUUUAAUUUGUUACUUCCCAAUACUUAUUAUAUUCAAUUAUGUUGGUUUUCAGUUUUGGGUGCAGUGUUCUAUCAUUUAGAUUAUUUGAUCAUCUAAUCAUUUUUAGUACUAGUUUUUUAGGAGUAUAUAAAUAAAUGUUAUUUAGUCAUACUUAGUUUUUAAGGGUAUUGGAUUGAUUGCUGGAGGGUUUCCUUCAGAAAUUAAGAAUAUUUCAGGAAAUUCGGAUUAUAGAUAUUACAUUUAUUUUACUUGCAUCAUAAUUUUAGCCUGCUUUGGUAUCUAUUACUAAUACAAAUAAUGGGGAUAAAAGAUUAUCACUUAUGACGAAAUCGUGCAAUCAAUGAUGAACGGCAAUUAGUCAAAUGAAGUCAAGGAUUCACUUUUAAAUGACCCUCAAAAUGGCCAAGAUUAGAUUGAAUUGAAAGAGAUAUAGGAGAAAUCAGAUAUAAAAGGUUUUUAAUGA